GUGGCUACGGAGCAGUAGGAAGGCCAGAAAAGCAUUGUGUCUGUCGGGCUGGUUAGAGGUAGAAGGGUCUCGCGGAGGAUGGAGGAAAAACUCCCCGCCGGCAUCAAGCCCUACCUGGACAAGCUCACCUUGGGCGUCACAAGGAUAUUGGAGACUUCCCCAGGAGUUGCUGAAGUGACUUUUGUGGAAAAGGAGCCAGCUGAACGCCACACAAUCAUCUCUUGGGAGCAAGUGAAGUGGUGCAGCCCUUGGACAAGUCAACAUGCACAGAUUGUGGAACUUCCAUCAUGGGACACUCUCCUGAGUUUUGAGAAGAACUCCUGUGUAUUACCUGAGGAUUUAAAGAACUUCUAUCUGAUGACUGAUGGCUUCCAGAUGACCUGGAGUGUGAAGACUGAUGAUACCCCAAUGCCCCUGGGCUCCAUGGUGAUUAACAGUGUCUCAAAGCUGUGUCGCCUUGGGGGUUCCUCUAUGUACACUCUACCCAGUGCUCCAACUCUCGCUGACCUGGAAGAUGACACAGAUGAGGAAGGUAAUGGAGACAAACCAGAGAAGCCACACUUUGAUUCUCGUAGUCUUAUCUUUGAAUUAGACCCAUGCAAUGGGAAUGGGAAAGUCUGUCUUGUUUAUAAGCAUGCUGAACCAGUGGUCUCUCCAGACACAGAGAUCUGGUUCCUGGACAGAGCUCUGUAUUGGCAUUUCCUCACCAAAACCUUCACAGCCUACUACCGCCUGCUCAUCACCCACCUGGGUCUCCCACAGUGGCAGUACGCCUUCACCAGCUAUGGAGUCAGCCCCCAGGCCAAGCAAUGGUUUAACAUGUAUAAACCCAUAACCAUCAACACAGCACUACUGUCUGAAGAAGCUGAUUCCUUUGUGAACAAGCUGGACCCCAAUAAGGUAUUUAAAAGCAAGAACAAAACUCCAGUGCUCAAGAAGAAACAAGCUUCACAGCCACCAGGCUCCCAAAAGAGUCACACAAGCAUGACCUCUGCCAAGACAUCCUCACUAGCUGGGAAUUCUUCAAGGAAGUGAGCCUGCCAGACAAGAUUUGCAAUAAGCUUUGAUGUUUUUUGCUGCAGAGUCUCUGUCGUUCAGAGCAAGUUCCUUGUGCAUGAAUAGAUGUGCCCAUGGAAAACACAUUGCAGCAUUUGCGUGAAAUAUAGCCAUGAUGUGGAUGUAGUUCCUGAAGGCUCUUUAAAAAAAAUUGAUACAUCAAUUUUAUUCCCUUCUGCUACUUGCAGCAUAUACUUUUCAGAGACAUAAAGAAACCUUUGAUGUCACUGCUCCAUAGGGAAGCUUUUGUUCCUGUACCACUGCAGCAGUGAAAUGAAAGUAAAUGUAAUUUACUGUAACUUUAACAGGACAAUGCUGAAAUAGAGGGUGUGAAGAUGUUUCUACCAUGUCUUUUGAAAGAAAACUGUCCUGACCUUGCAUGCUGUGGGAGCAGGCUGGAGCCCACUGAACACAGAAGUAUCUUUCACUCCAGAUAGAAUCAAACUCUGCACUUCCCUGUGCUUUAUCCAACUUCUGCUCUGAGAUUCAUGGUACAAUGGGAUUUGUGACUUCCAUGUCUCUGCAUUAGCCUAGCCACUAGUUCUGCAGCCUGGACCACUUUUUGGCCUUUGUGCUAUAUCUUUUCAGAUGGUGACAUGAUUUGCAAUAAUCCUGAAGCCAGAAGCUGCAAGAUCCUUUGUUGCUUUCCUUUGUGGGAACUGCUGAGCAGAGAGUCAGUGGUUGAGUCCCAUCAGCCAGGAGGACCCCUUGGUUUGUUACACAUUCAUUUGCAAAGUUGACCAUUGAAAUAGAUACUUUUUGUUGGGCAGGAUCUCACCAGGGGCCACUGAGCUCCUACAGCCUUAGAAGGCCCUGAUGCUCUUUUCUAUACUGUAAGUUUUCAGGUUAGAACUGCACUUUAACCAAUUCACUGCUGGUUUUCAGUUACUCCUGUUUAUUUCCAUUACUUUUCUAUGCUAUUCUGUGUGGGAUUCGGAUUCAGUCAAAGAAAGAAACAGAGAGUUUCUAGCCAGGCAGACGCCUGGGAAAGAGCUGGAUAAGAAUGUAAAUAAUUCUUUGUAUCUCUUGUUUUUCACAUUGUUUACAGUUAAGUUCUAUCACUGUGCGUCAAGCACUCUGCACCAAUGCUUUGGAUGGUUUUCACUUCAGAACCAAUGGAGUUGGUCCUCAUGAAGCUCUGUAUAAAAGAGCAGUGUAUUUUGAAUAAAUCGGAGUUUUACUAUUACAGCCUUCUGAGUCAGAGUCUCUUCAUUCCCGUCCUGCCUCAACAGUGACAAUUCUGUCUUCCAAAUACACUGGAAUCAUGGUAGCACCCAACACAUUUUGUGCCUGAAUAUGGAAAUCAAAAUCACUGUCUUCAAGCAAGCAUUGAUUAUUUAAACAGCAUCAUCUCUAAUUUUUGAAAAACCACCACAUAAUUACACACGACAAGCCUACCUCACAGGGAUGUUGUGAGGCUUUCAUGAGUAUUUGUAUGGCCUUCAGAAAGAUGAAGCCAUUCUGUAAGUGCUUAAUAGUAUUUUAAUAAAUAUUUGAAUAUUUUCUUCCAAA